GCUGUGACCAGCACUGCUGUGGAAUUUGAAGAGGCAUGAAUGGAGCGCAAAAAGGAAAAAUGUGCUAAGAGGAAGGUGUGUCAAGCCAACCCUGAUUAGGAUCGCCUUCCACCUAAAAACCGAUGUCCUUACUGUGGAAGAACAUGCAGGUCAAGAAUAGGACUCCACAGUCACCUACGUAUCCUCCGUAAGGACACCACACCUGGAAGACAAUCAUACUAGAACAACAAGGGAUCGCCUAAGCUUAAGUGGAUAGAGAACUAAAUGUUUGACUAAGGGUGCAUCUACACACUAUAACUUUAACUGCCAUGGUUCAUUGCUAUGGAAUCAUAUGAAAUGUAAUUUGGAGACGCGGUAACAUUUUGGCAGAGUAGGCUAAAGAUCUUAUAACUCCCAUGAUUCUCUAGCAUUGAGUCAUAGCAGUUAAAGUAGUGCCAAACUGCAUUAAUUCUACACUGUAAAGACAGCCUAAGAUUCUGGGAUUCUAGCCUUCAAAUCCUUGUUCAGGUAUAUAAGCCCACUGGGUGACUUUCAGUGAGUCACUCUCAUAGCCUCAGCAGGCGGCAAUGGCAAACCCCUUUGGAAUAAAUCUUGCAAAGAAACUCCCAGAGUAGAGUUAGAUUUGACUUGAAGGCACAUAACAGUAACAGGAAUGAUUUACGAACGUCAGGCACACUAUGAUAUGGAGUCACUAUGGUGUUGUAGUUCAAGUGUGAGACCAAGGUUUGAAUGUGUUUAGUUGUGGAUACCCACUGGGCAAGUCAUGCUCUUUCAGCCUCACAGGAAGGCAAUGGGAAAGUUCUCUGAACAAAUCUUGCAAAGAACACCUUGUGUGGGGGUUGCCAUAAGUCAGAAAUUACUUGAAUGCACAUAAUUGAAAUAUAACAGUAUCAUAUGUAUGCCUGUUCAGAGUAAGCCUCAUUGUGUUGAAUGAUUUUACUCCUAGGUAAUUGUGUUCAGGAUUGCCAUCUGAUGGAUGUUUAGGGAUACUGUUUAAACUGCUACUGUGUUUAUUGGGAACCUGAUGUGCAGCACAGCUAGUGUUUCUUUUUGUGCCAUUAAAAUCUUCAUUUGCUCAUCUGUGAUGCUGCCGAGAUAUGGGUUGUCUGGGUUUGUGUUACACAGGUUGGUUGGCAUCCUUAUCUCUGAAAAGGUUGAAUAUUCAAAUACACAGCCACAUUAGCAUGGAUCAGUAUGCAAAAAGAUCUUGUAGCCCCUUUGCGACUGCAAAUGGUUUUACUCCUAGGUAACCGUGUUUAGCAUUGUCAUUUGAAGGAUGCUUGGGAAAUGUUUAAACUGCUACUGUGUUUAUCAGGAACUUGAUGUGCAGCCCAGCACAGCUGGUGUUUCAGUGUGUUUUUAAAAGCUUAAAUUGCUCAUCGAGGUUUGGAGUGUGCAGGUUGUUUGGCAUCUUUAGCCCUGAAAAGACUGGAUUCAAAGACAGAGCUGUGUCAGUCUAAAUCAGUAUGCAAAGUGAUCUUGUAGCCCCUUUGAGACUUGAUAGCCCCUUUCUCUCAGUCUCAAAGGGGCUGCAAGAUCUUUUUCCAUUCCUGAAGAAGGUAUUCAGAAUUGACACAGCCCUUUUCCAAACAGAAGCCUCUGUAGUAAUAGGUCUCUCACUCUGUUCUUGUUCGUCAGACAUUACUUUUUCUCUCGGCAAAUUAUAGGAAAAUGAAUAUAUGUGGUGGCAGAACAGUAGAAAAAGAGAUCAGUAUGCAAAGGGGUCUUGCACUGUUUCUCUUACUCUUAAACGAGUUACAAGAUCCCUUUUUAUUCCUGAAAAGGGUAUGAAGAAUUGAUAAGCUGCUGUUCCAGUGGCAACGCUCCCAGAGGAUUUUAACAGGCUGGGUUUGCAGUGGGUGAUGUAAAUGCUUUUCGAGCAAGAGGUUUCUUUUUUUAUUCCUGUCUCUUUGGGCCAGCGACUUGACGGCUUGAAUAGACGUACAUGCUUUGUAAGCAACAGGUUUAGCUCAACUGUAUUUUCUCCAGUCAGACAUGACUUUGUCUGGGCAAAUAAUAAGAUGAAUUGAUCUAGUGGCUGAAUAGAGGAAGAACAGAUCUGUAUGCAAAGGGAUCUGGUAGCCCUUUUCUCUUUUUCUUAAGAGGGACUGCAAGGCAUGAAGAAGUGACAGCGCUGUUAACAGAAGCAAGCGUGGUGAAGUUUCCCAUGGAUUUUAACAGAUUGGAAACUGCAUUCUCCUCCAUCAGACCUGACCGUGGGCAAACCAUGUGGCAGCUGAAGAGAUAUACAUCCUUUUUCAGCAACAGGUUUUUCUCUCAGUCCUAUUCUCUCCAGGCAGACACGUCUUUUUCUGGGCAAACAUUUGCAGGAUGAAUGGAUGUGAGGGCAUGAUUUUCUAGCCAGAGAUAGCUUCUCUUUAUUCUCGUCAGACACAACUUUGUCUGGGCAAACGAUGUGCAUUUCAAGCAACAGGUUUCUCAGUUCUAUCCUUUCCAGUGAGAUGUGACUUUCUCUGGGCAAAUGAUGCAGCGGCAGCUGAAUAGAGGAGGAAGCGAUGCCUUGCGGAAGCAAAAGCCUUGAUUCAGGUGAGCACAAAUUAGCAAAAUAGUGGGAAAAUGUUCACAAAGGGAUGGAUGGAUGGAUGGGUAAAAGGACUCAUUCUCCUUUCCCAAGCAAUUGGGUUGACACCCUAACACUAAAUGGUGUCUCUCAUGUUGCUGCUUCAGUCUUUGUUGUGGAUGCUGAAGACAAGGUUUAACUCACAGUUCAACAUCACUGGAAAUUCCACUAUCACAGCAACAAACGACACUGAGAAGGGCUUGGAACUAAAAACACUUAAUUCUUUCUAAAAAGCAGUGUACUAAAUGCAAGCCUGGCAUGCACUCAGUGGGUUUAUCAAUGAAAUUUCCCCAAUUUAGAAUUUAGCCAAGAGGCAUUGGCACUGAAGAACAGAGGAGGACUGGAAGGAGGGGGGAAAGGUGGCAUGGGGUGGGCUCGGCACAGGAUAUUCUCUCUCUGUGCCCACCCACUGCCAAGGCCAGGUGACAACCACAGCCCUAUAUAAAUAGAUAAAUAGUGUGCUGGAGGGCAUCUGAACGCACACAAGCCUCGCAUUCCCCACACAUGGAAAGCCCCUCGCAAGGCUUUCUUGGCAAGACUGGAUGAAGCUCAGAAGAGACUGUAACGCCAGAGCGUGGGAGAAGAAGGCUAUGCUCUGAAGGCAGCAGUCUUUUUUGUAAAUAUUAUUUAUUGGAAUCAUGCAGACAGUAUUGGCUCUAGGUGCAUUUGAUGUAUUUCCUGAAGCUGGAAUCAGAAGAGUGUCAGCAUUGGUGUAAGGCCUUUUUGCCUUUUCCUUCUUCUGAAGCUGAGAGAGUGCGACUUCCUGCAGGCAGCCAGGGCUUUCUUGGCAAGCUUCAUUCAGAAGAGCUUGGGGUUUUUUCCCCCCUGCCUUUACCUUGAUCUGACUUGCUGACGGAGCCAACUUUCCUUGCCCCGAGCGCCAUGACCGAGGCCGAGGGCCUGACAUGGCUGGCGCCCAACGCCUCAGUCGCGCGUGAACAGAAGGAAAACCUCUCCGCCGCCAACGCCAGCGUCGCCCCCCUCUGGGCCACCGUAGCUCACCCCGCGCGGGUUCCCACUGCGGCGGCCAUUUUGUUGCUGGCGUUGCUAAGCAACGGACUUCUGCUGCACCGUCUCUGCUGCUGCUACUGUUGUGGGGAGCGGCGCCGGAAGAAGGCGGACUUCCUGCUGGCGCACCUGGCCGUGGCCGACCUCUGCUGCGCAGGCCUCUUGCUCGGCCCGCAGCUCUCUCCCUCGGAGCUCGCCACUGACAAUGCCGCCUGCCGCCUGCUUCGGGUACUGCAAGGCUGGGGCCUCUUGGCGACUAACAACAUGCUUGUCUUGAUCGCCUUCGAGCGCGGGGGCCUGGUGGCGCCGGGAGGUCCUAGCGCCCGCCGGUUUUCCCGAGCCGCUUUAGCCUCGCUGGGCUGGCUCCUGGCGCUGCUCCUGGCACUGCCUCAGGCCGCCGCCUUCCCACGCGUGCCCCGCUGGCCGAGAUGGGCCUACGCCGCCUACUGGGGCCUGGCAGGUUUCGUGGUGCCCUCAGGCCUCUUGGGCGCGGCGUGUGGACGUAUCCUUUCCUCCCUGCGAGCCUCUCCGGAGGAGAAGGAGGAGGAGAAAGGAGAAGAAGAGGCCUCUUCGCCCCGGAGCCUGCCACGCGCCCGCACCCGCGCCCUGCACCUGGCGCUGGCCCUGGGCGCCCUCUUCGCCCUCUGCGGCCUGCCCCGCUUUGCCCUGGAGCUCGCCGCCGCCGCCCCCGAGGGUCCCCCCGCCGAUAUCGGGAGCCUCCUGGCGGCCGCCAACGCCGCCUUCAACCCCUUUGCCUGCCUCCUCUUCCACAGCCACAAGCCCUGGGCCCGGCGCCUUCAGAGGAGCCUUUGCCCCGAGGGGCCCCCGCCCCGCAGGAAGGCCCGCCGCCAAGCCCCGCCGCCCCGCACUCUCCCGGCGCCCCCAAGGCGGCCCUCCUGCCCCUGCCAGCCCCACGCCCACGCCCUGGCUGAGCCCUUCCAGGCCUAGGGCUUCUCGGCAACAUUUAUUCUCAAGGGGCUUCUGGCAGGCAUGGGCAAACCUGGGCCCUCCCGCCAGGUGUUUUGGACUUCAACUCCCACCAUUCCUAACAGCCUCAGGCCCCUUCCUUUUCCCUCGCAGCCUCUUAAGCUGCUGAGGGGGAAAAGGACAGGCUUUGAAGCAUAUAAAGCGAGCCUGAAUCUGCAGGGAUCAGUUCUAAUGUGACAGCGCCAUGGAGGGCAUUUAAGGUUUAAAUACUUUUAAAUACCCUAUUAUCUCUGCACACACAGAAAACAGCAAAGGCAUUUGCAAGACUAGGAGCCCCCGGUGGUGUAGUGGAUUAAACCCUUGUGCCGGUAAGACUGGUGACUUGAAGGUUGGGUUGCUGACAUGAAGGUUGCCGGUUCGAAUCCAACCCGGGGAAAGCGCAGAUGAGCUCCCUCUAUCAGCUCCAGCUCCAUGCGGGGACAUGAGCAAAGCCUGCCUCAAGGAUGGUAAAAACAUCUGAGUGUCCCCUGGGCAAGGCGUCCUUGCAGACAGCCAAUUCUCUCACACCAGAAGCAACCUACAGUUUCUCAAGUCGCUCCUGACAGGAAAAUUUUUUGCAAGACUGAUAAGGAGCCACCAUGGGCACAUCUGGCUUUGUCAUUGACUCUCAGCUCAUGCCCCUUUUAUUUAUUCAUUAAUUUAUUUGCCCUAUUUAUAUCUUGCCUUUCUCUACCCCAAAGGGGACUCAAAGCAGCUUACAUAUGACAAUCAUUCAAUGCCUUAAAACACAUAUAAAACAUAAGUUUAAAAUAUAAGCAAAUUAAAAAUUAAUACAUAAUUACAUUUAAAAACAUUACAUUCAGUUAAAAUUAUGCCAUCCAAAAAUCGUAGUCAAAAGCCAUUCCAUGGUAUAUAUUCAUUUUAGUAUACAAUUAACAGGUAAAUAUUUUCCCCAAAGCUUUUUGGGAUUUUUAAAAUGCUUUCAGAUCUUGGCACUGUUUCAUUUCUUCUUAGAAUUUCUUCCAGUUUCCCUUUUUAAAAAAAUUAUCUGUGCCUGGUGGUUGUAUUACUUUCAUCUAACUGUUCUUUUUGUACUUAUGUGUAUACCCUCAGGAGAAUUUGGUUAUAUUUGGUCUUUAAAAAUAUAAUAAUAAUAAUAAUAAUAAUAAUAAUAAUAAUAAAACUUUAUUUAUACCCCACCACCAUCUCCCCAACGGGGACUCGGGGCGGCUUACAUGGGGCCAUGCCCAGGACAAUACAAUAUAACAAAAUAUAAAAAACAACAUAUCAUAAUACAAUUAACCAAUACAGUAGAUAAAAAUGUGCAGUACAACACAAAAUCAAGAAAGCAAUAUAACAAGGGCGGGCCGCAUGAACACUAAGUUAAAACUCGGGGUGAGAAAGGGAUCAGAAUAAAAACCUAGGGGGACAGGGACAUCAGAUAGUAAAACAGUCUAAUGGAAAAAUUAGCAAGGGGUAAUAGAAAUGUUUGCCUGCUGCAGAAAACUAUUUGUAAGUGGCAUCUCAAACAUACUGUUUUAGAGUGUGCUCUAAUAGAUUUUGUUACAUAUAUUUUUAGCUCUUAAUGUGCCACAAAAUUCUUUCUGAGAUUUAAAAAAACAGAAUAUGGGAAAUAUGUCAUGUUUCCUAAAGAACAGAUCGGAUAACUCAUUCCAAUGUUUUUCACUUGUUUUUCUUUCUUCCACCAUCUUGAGACACAAAUUGUAAAUAUUACAACAGCUUUUAAGGAAAUAUUGGAAAGCAGUAGCAAAAGAUCAUAAUAGUUAGUUUCUUGGAAUAUUUACAUGGAUAUAAUUUUCAAGAUGUGAAGCAGAAAAUUUUGCAUACCACUUUACCAGUGCAAUGAUAUUUAUCUGCUUAAAAGUAAAUCUUUUGAGUACUUUUACUCAAAAGUACUUCCCCCCCCCCCAGCUUAAGCAGCUGAGGGGUAAAAGGAAAGGGCCUAAGGCUGUUAGGAAUUGUGGGAGUUGAAGUCCAAAACACCCGGAGGGAGGAGGGUCGAAGUUUGCCCACGCCUGCCUCAGUGUUUCAUAGGAAGGAAGAGCUCGUUCAGACCUUGUUAUUUUAAAUAAUCACUUGAAAUGUAGGGACUUUGUUCCAAGUAAAUGUGUUUACAUGGGGGGAAAAUAAGUCAUAGCGAAAUCAUAGGGAGCACACAACCCCCAUUACAUCAGCUCCACUGGCUGCCAAUCUGCUACCCAGCACAAUUCAAAGUGCAGGCUUUAGCCUAUAAAGCCCUAAAUGGCUUACCUGUAUGAACACAUCUCCCUCUAUGAACCAUCACAAAGGUUAUGAUCUUCUGGGGAGGCCCUUCUCUCAUUCCCACCUCCUUUGCAAGUGUGGAUGGUGGGGAUGAGAGACAGGGCCUUCUCAGUGCUGUCUCCUUGGCUCUGGAACUCCCUCCCCAGUGAGAUUAGAACAGCAGCAUUUCUCCUGGACUUCAGAAAGAAAACAAAGACAUGGCUGUGGGACCAAGCUUUUGGCCAGUAAACUAAUCUAGUGCAAGAAAUAAGGAAUAUGUGCAAUUGACAAUUGGAAUGGCCCCAGUCUAUGAUUUUGAAUCACAUGAUUUUAUUGUUUAUAUUGGAUGUUUUAUUUUUUAAUGUCUAAAUGUUUUUAUUUCAUGUUUAAUAGUCCUAUUUAUUUUAAUGUAUAGUUUACUGUUUUAAAGAUAUUAUUUGGUUUUACAGGUAUAUACGGCAUUGAAUUUUGCCACGAUUAUGUUGUAAACUGCUUUGAGUCCCUCUAGGAGUGGUUAUAUAACUACAGUAAAUCACAGAAUUGGAAGAGUCCUUGUGGGCCAUCCAAUCCAACCCCCUGCCAAGAAGCAGGAAAAUCACAUUCAAAGCACUGUUCUUUUUGUGCUUAUGUGUAUACCCUCAGGAGAAUUUGGUUAUAUUUGGUCUUUAAAAAUAUAAUGGUCAUCCAGUCUCUGUUUAAAAGCCUCCAGAGAAGGAACCUCCACCACACCGGGGCAGAGAGUCCCACUGCUUAACAGCUCUCUUACACGAAAUUAUUCCUAAUGUUCAGAUGGAAUCUCCUUGCCUGUAGUUUGAAGCCAUUGUUCCGUGUUCUAGUCUCCAAGGCAGCAGAAAACAAGCAUGCUUCCUCCUCUCUGUGACUUCCCGUACAUAUUAUACAUGGCCCUCAUAUGUCUCCUCUCAGCCUUUUCUUCUGCAGGCUAAACAUGCCCAGCUCUUUAAACCGCUACUCACAGGACUUGUUCUCCAGACCCUUGAUCAUUUUAGUCACCCUCUGGACACAGUCCAGCUUGUCAACAUCUCCCUUAAAUUGUGGUGCCCAAAAUUGGACACAGUAUUCCAGGUGUGAUCUGACCAAGGCAGAAUGGAGGGGUAGCAUGACAUCCCUGGAUCUAGACACUAUACUCCUAUUUAUGCAGGCCAAAAUCCCAUUGGCUUUUUAAGCUGCCACAUUGCAUUGUUGGCUCAUGUUUAACUUGUCCUCUUUUUCACACGUACUGCUCUUGAGCCAGGUGUCCCACGUUCUGUAUUUUUGCAUUUCAUUUUUUCUACCUAAGUGAAGUAUCUUGCAUUUGUCCCUGUUGACUUUCAUUUUGUUAGUUUUGGCCCAUAUCUCUAAUCUGUUAAGAUCAUUUUGAAGUCUGAUCCUGCUUGCACUUUUAUGUUAUUUAUGGAAUCUGGAUAUCAAACAGCCAUGUAAGUGACAGGAGGGGUGUCCCCUUUUCGCUACAAGUUGUAAUCAAGAUUAGCAGAUUGGAGCAAACAGAAAUCUCCGAAAAUUGUAAUUCAGGCUGGGAUCUGUACCCUAAUGAUUAUUGCACAACUGUUUCAUGUAAAUGAGCUGCACAAGUUUUGUAGAGCCUGUUGCUUCAGUUUUCAAGCACUGUUUUUGAAUACCAUUGUCAUAAAUGUUAUCUCUCUCAUUUGUAAGAGAAAAGAAAAAUAAGGUCUACUAUUGCUAUGCAAAUAUACUGUACAUAUGAGCUCCCUUCUUAAUUCUGUCAUACUCAAUGCGGUUGUCGCAAAUAAAGUAAUGGAUUCAUAAGA